GGUUGCUCCCUGUGCAUUCCGGAGAGGGAACCAGCGUCUGGGGAGGAAUUCGCCUUAUUUGGGGGGCGAGUUAUUUUACAGCCCGGGGCGGUUUCCCAUAGUGUUUGUAGGCGGGACAAAGAAUCGACCCGGGACCGAGGAGCCCCAGUAACUUCUUAUAGAAUCCAACAUGUCCAAGUCCCUGAAGAGAAUAGUGGAGGAGAGCAGGGAGAAGAAUGUGCCUGACAUCGAUAUGUGUGACCGGGGCAUCGCUAACUUGCUGGAUGUGCCCGGCCUGUUCACCCUGUCUCACAUCACACAGUUAAUUCUAAGUCAUAACAAGCUCACAAUUGUUCCCGCAAACAUUGCCGAUUUAAAAAAUUUAGAAGUGCUCAACUUUUUCAACAAUCAGAUUGAAGAGCUGCCAACCCAGAUCAGUAGCCUUCAGAAGCUCAAACACCUCAAUCUCGGUAUGAACAGGUUAAACAGUCUGCCUCGUGGGUUUGGCUCUUUGCCUUCUCUGGAAGUCCUUGACCUCACCUACAACAACCUGAAUGAGAACUCCCUGGCGGGAAACUUCUUUUAUCUAACCACCCUGCGUGCACUCUAUCUAAGUGACAACGAUUUUGAAAUCCUGCCGCCAGAUAUUGGGAAGCUCACGAAGUUGCAGAUAAUCAGUCUUCGGGAUAAUGACCUGAUAUCAUUGCCUAAGGAGAUCGGGGAGCUCACCCAGCUUAAAGAGCUACAUAUACAAGGAAAUAGGCUAACUGUCCUGCCCCCUGAACUUGGCAAUUUGGAUCUCACAGGCCAGAAGCAGGUGUUCAAAGCUGAGAACAAUCCUUGGGUCACGCCGAUUGCUGAUCAGUUCCAAGUAGGAGUGUCUCAUGUCUUUGAAUAUAUCCGCUCAGAAACAUACAAAUACCUGUAUGGAAGGCACAUGCAAGCCAACCCCGAGCCCCCCAAGAAGAACAAUGACAAAUCAAAGAAGAUCAGCCGCAAGCCUCUGGCAGCCAAGAACAAAUAGAUGACACAAGGGCUUUACGUUAUGUACGUGCAUGCGGCCAAUUAUUUCUAUUUAUUUCCUUCCACGGGAUGAAAAGAAAACUCUUACGGUUCUCCAUUUUGUAUAAUUAUUAUUUUAUAAUGCCUUGCCUUAUUUUAAUCUUAUCUUUUCAUAAGGGCUGCUGCCCCUAUUUUAGAGGAGUUGUUUAUAAGAAACACACAGGGUUGUGUUAGUGCCCUAUAGAAUGGCCAAAUGUGAGAACUCCAUGCACAGAAAGCAGGUUUUGAUGGUACAUUCAGUUCCAUGUGGUUAAAAUAUUCCCUUUGCCCAUUGUAGUGGGCCUAAUACAUGUAAUGCACCAUUAAUGCCUGCUUUGUCUGUGCUGGUAACUGUAAAGGGACAUUAAAGGGUUAAUCACUAGUGUUAGGCCCCCCCAAUGAUUAUAACCUCUAUUUUACAGUUGUCUCAGGGGCCCCUUGAGGCUUGUUGGCCAUUCAUAUGUGCAUUAUUAUAUCAAUACAGUCAAAUAAAAUCUUUAUGCUAUACUAUAUAUAUUAUAUGUAUAGUACAGAUAUGGGAGCCCUUAUCCAGAAAGUU